ACAAUGGAAGCUGGAAGAGUGUAGUUGUUUUAAUGGAAUUUCUUGUGAUUUUCCGCAGUUAUUGAGUGAUAUAUUGUAUUGGAAGCCAUGUAAUUUGCGGUGCUUGAAGAGAGAGAUCUGAGGCGCGCGGGCGGACGAUGGGCGUGUGGGCGGACUGGUGGUGGUGGUGCGCGAGGCCUGGGCGCCUGCCUCGCGCCGCCCCCCUCUCCAUCCUCCUGGCCACGGUCCUCACCAUCAUCUCUCUCCUGUUCCUCCUCAACGCCAAAGCCCUGAGUCGUCACCCGACCCCGCGCCAGGUGCUGGAAAUGGGCGACCACGACUUCGAGGGCGCCCCGCAGCACCACCCCGACCUUGUGUCCUACAUCAGGCAGCUGCACCUGCUGACGCCGAAGGGGGCCUCCGCGCCCUACGCACUCAGUCGACCCAACGCCACCGACUUCUCGCAGAACGGGCAGAGCAAGGAGGUCGAGAAGAUACUCAAGGGGAAGCGCGGCGGAGUGUUCGUGGAGGCGGGCGCUUACGACGGGGAGCAGCUGAGCAACACGCUCUACCUGGAGCGAAACCUCGGCUGGAAGGGCCUCCUGGUUGAGCCCGACCCGUGGAACUUCUGGUCGCUCAGGAAGAAGGGCAGGAAGGCCCACCUGGUGAACGCUUGUCUCUCCCCCAGCCCCUACCCCAGGGAGGUUACCUUCAAGCAAAGCGACACCAUGGGCCACAUAGCGAGCCAGGGCGAGGAGGCCAACCGGCGGGGGAUCUUCACCAGGGUCAAGUGCUUCCCUCUGUAUUCUCUCCUCCUCGCCAUCAACACCACGAAGGUCGACCUCCUCUCCCUCGACGUAGAAGGAGCAGAGCUGCAGGUACUGAAGACGCUUCCCUGGGAGAAGGUGAAGAUUCAGGUGCUGUGCAUCGAGCACCGCCACAUCCCCGAGGGCAGUGAGGCCCUAAGAGCCUACCUGGAGGACCGAGGCUACGCCCUGCACACUUCCGUUGGCGAUGAUUACAUCUUCGUCAGGAAAGACCUGGAGAAGAUCCCACAAGAAGAUCUGCUGUAGAGGGUCGCACAUCUCGUGGGGUUACGUAGACCUCAUGGACAGAAACUGUGUGUGAUUGUGUUCACGGCCAGAUAGUUUGUGUGAUACUCGCGAAGAACUACUUAACUUACUAUGCACAUGUGUGUAAAGUAUGGUGAUUUGUGUCUGUAUACGAGAAGCCGCAUAAUGUCUCCUCUUUACCGCUUUCACAGGCUGACUUUUUGACUGUUAGGGCGGCAUAAGGUUGUGAAUACUCUGUGAUAGUUCGCGACGAUUUUCAUAAAUGUACACUUUUCAUAUCCAUUUUUGUACGCAUUUUCUUAAUAAACAAACUUAAUCCGAUCUGAGUGAAAUGCAACGACUGUGAUCAAGCAAAAUCAGAUCCAUAGCCUAUACGAAGUUCAUACUUACUAUCUGUAUCGUUUUUAGCAUGAUAUAGGUUUUAAUUAUAUAUUUAUAUGGACGGCGUGAACUGUGCCGAAAUUAAAUCAGAUGUCUUCAUUGAUUGUUUCAUGUAAAUAUAUUUAAGGAAUUUUUCAGGUACAUAAAUUGUAGUCCAUUAUUUUUCCUUGUCGAAUGAUGAUUCAUUGCUUCAAAAAUGCAUUUCUAUAUUGUUUUUUUUCUUUAUUUCUUAUUGAGGCGAAGAUGCACUUGAAAGGUUGAGGAUCAUUGGCCAUAUACAAUAUAUAAUGCCUAUAUAUUUCAAAUAAUUAUCACCACCAACCAUUUGCUGAUCAAAUGAUUAUCAUAACCAAUCUAUCAGUUGUCAGUUCCUUAGCAUCAACAUGAAUAUUGCCAAAUGUGUCACCAAUCUGACAGCGUGUCAUCAAUCGUGACCAACCUGCCACAAGUACAUUUUCGUCUUGAUGCAAAAAGAAAAAAAAAAAACGGAGCGUAAUAGGAUUUCUAAAGCUGCUUGCGCCAUUUUUCUGCGGAAGUGCCUUGUUCAACUUCAUGGUCACAGCAAUACAGAAGUGCCUUGACAGGACACGAGGGAUUGAUGUCAAUAUUGUCAAGUAAUAAGAAUCGUAGGGGGUGGGGAUGUGUGGUAGAGAAAUACCACAGGGGAAGUCAACACACUUGGCAGUGCCAGAGCUUCUUGUGGAAAAGGAAAUGGAACUCGAUAAUUUUCAUUACGUAUUGAUAUCCGUAUAGUGUCAUCUUUUUUACUAGUUUCGGUUUUGAAUAAAAGUAUAUCAGAUAUA